AUGGUUGUCAUAGCAAUUCAAGAUGCUAAAAGAAAAGAAGUCAGUGAAGAAUGGUUUAAUGCAUGGGAUCUUCCCAUUUGCUCAGCUGUUGUUGAAUUCAUCAACAAACCUGGGAUUCCAGAGGCACCGACGGAGCAGAAAUCCAGUCCUGAAAUGCAACGCAAGUCAGUCACAAAACUGCCUCUUUGCUUCAGAAAAAUGCACAGGAUGCUGUGUACGUGCAGAGAUGGCUGGAAAGCAUAUUACAGGCAGUCUGUCUUUUUAGCAGGCUUGGGUUUAGCCUUCUUGUACACCACAGUGCUUGGCUUUGACUGUAUCACUACAGGGUACGCCUACACGCAGGGGAUCAGUGGCUCUCUUCUCAGCAUACUCAUGGCUCUUUCUGCCUUCUCAGGACUAAUGGGCACAAUUUUGUUUACUAAGCUAAGGAAGCAUUAUGGCUUGGCUGUCACAGGAGUCGUAUCCAGCCUCCUCCAUGUAAGCUGUUUAAUGCUGUGUGUGUUUUCAGUCUUUGCCCCCGGCAGUCCUUUUGACUUGGGUAUUUUCUCUCUUCUCACAAGUAAGAACUCUUCCUUAAACCACGAGACACUGCAAAAGAACCAGCUGCAUAUUUACCCCUUCCAAAGAAACAUCAACCAACCCAUACUGCCAGAUCGUUCUUCAAUUCAUUGGACUAAUAAUACAGUGCUGUUGGACAGCGUGCAUGGGAGCGAUCACCCAGAAUCCUAUAUUUCAAUCAUUCUCUUGUUCUCAGGAGUGAUACUAGCCAGAAUUGGUAAGUAUACAUGAAAUUUGCCACCACAUGCGGAGUCACUUCACUGGGUAAAUGAUUCUAUGAACCAAAAACAGAUGUGAUGAUCUCUCUGAUACGUAUGGCCCACAUCAUCAUAGUAUUGACUGUUUCACAGUCUAAUAUAUUUAUUCUCACCACACCCCUGUUAGAUAGGGAAGUGCUGUUAUCUCCAUUCUACAGAUGGUGUCGGGAUUCUGGGCGAAGGUAGGCAGGACUAGUGGCAGGAGCUUAAGAGCCGGAAUCGGAAGCCUAAUCUCUCUA